AUGGUACCACAUCCAAGAUUUGUAUUUAGUGAAUCUGAAUCAACUGCUUUAGAACAAUUUGAGGGUGGCCCUUGUGCAGUGAUUGCGCCUGUACAGGCAUUCCUUUUGAAGAGGCUUUUUACCAGUGAAAAGUCUGCUUGGAGAGACUGUCCAGAAGAGGAGCAGAAGAACCUUCUCUGUCAUACAUUAUGUGAUAUUUUGGAAAUGGCUUGCUCUGAUAAUUCUGAGUCGUACUCUCUGGCAACGUGGAUAAGAGGAAAAACAACUGAAGAAACUGCUAGUAUUUCUGAAAGUCCUGCAGAAUCUAGUCGCCAAGAGGAACAACCUUCUGCCUUGGCUGUCGAAGAGCUUGGCUUUGAGCGAUUUCAUGCAUUAAUUCACAAACGAGCAUUCAAAAGCUUCCCUGAACUGAAGGAUGCAGUUUGGGAUCAAUAUUCAGUGUGGACAAACAGAUUUGGAGUACUGCUCUUUCUGUAUUCUGUAAUACUGACAAAGGGUAUUGAAAAUAUAAAAAAUGAAAUUGAAGAUGCAACUGAACCAUUGAUAGAUCCUGUUUACGGUCAUGGAAGCCAAAGUUUGAUUAACCUCCUGUUGACGGGACAUGCUGUUUCUAAUGUGUGGGAUGGAGACAGAGAAUGUUCAGGAAUGAAACUUCUUGGUAUACAUAAACAGGCAACAGUAGGCUUUUUGACACUGAUGGAGUCUCUGAGAUAUUGUAAGGUUGGCUCCUAUUUGAAAUCUCCAAAAUUUCCCAUUUGGAUACUUGGCAGUGAAACACACCUCACAGUCUUUUUUGCCAAGGAUAUGGCCCUUGUCGCUCCUGAAGCACCUUCAGAACAAGCUAGAAGGGUUUUCCAGACAUAUGACCCUGAGGAUAAUGGUUUUAUACCUGACACUCUGCUAGAAGAUGUAAUGAAGGCUCUGGACCUUGUUUCAGAUCCUGAAUAUGUAAACCUCAUGAAGACCAAAUUAGACCCAGAAGGACUGGGCAUCAUAUUACUGGGUCCCUUUCUGCAAGAAUUUUUCCCUGAGCAGGACUCUAGGGUUUCAGAGUCAUUCACUGUUUACCAUUACAAUGGACUGAAGCAAUCUAACUAUAAUGAAAAGGUCAUGUAUGUAGAAGGCACAGCAGUUGUUAUGGGUUUUGAAGAACCAAUGCUACAGACCGACGACACUCCUGUAAAACGCUGCUUGCAAACCAAAUGGCCAUAUAUAGAACUACUCUGGACCACAGAUCGAUCUCCUUCUUUAAACUGAUACGCUGCGCAUAACCAUCAUACUACUAUCGAAUGCUUGAAUGGGGAUAGAGGAAUUGGUAUUUGCUUGGAAAGUGGUAUACUUUGACUGAGUGGAGUUAUACACUGGUAUCAUUGGUGAAUUGUAAAUAAUGAUUACAAACACUUUUUCAGUGUUAAUUGGAAUAUUUAAUUUUUUAAUCAGAUUGAUUUCUAUUAUAAUAGUUUGUCUUUUUUGGCCACUGUAGUACUGUUAAUGUGAGUUAUCCUAAAAAAAAAGAAAAAGCCUACUUACAAGUCUUAACAUUAUUUUGCCAUCUCAUGAAGAUUUGAAAAAUGUCUGAUAUUGCAGAAUCUGCAUAUUAGAUGUCAGAUCUUUAAAACAUAUUCAGCUUCCUCUGAAUCAUAUAGGCAUGUUUUAUUAUUUAAAUUAUAUUGGCUUACAUUACAGUACCAUAAUGUGUGGACUAGACUGGCCUUUGCACUGGAUAUGUUUUAAUUAGUUUAAAUUUUCUGCCAUUUUUCCUAAAAUCUAAUUUUACCUAAAGAGCUUGCACAAUGUGACAUAAAUAGGGUACAUUUUUAGGAAUAUUAAUAAGUAUAAUUCAUAAAACUCUUUCUUGGCAGUUGUAUAUUACUGUGGCUUAGUUAUCGGACAUGUUAAAAGUGAACACAAAACCUGAGGAAAAACAGAUUAAUUAAUAUUUAUUUGAAUUUGUAUAAAAGAAAUGUAAAAACAUCUGAAAGAAUUUCUUGUUCUAUAAUCUCUAACCUAUUCAAACUUAGAGUAUUGCCAAAUACCUCUUCUCAAUUUGUCCAAACAGCAGUGUAAGCCAGCGUUAUUGUAUGUGUUAAGUGCAUGAGAACAUCUGUUAUUACAUUAUUAUAUUCCUUUAUUUAUUAUCAACUUGUUAGCCCUAAAAUAAAAUCUUUUCCUUGAAUCAU